CUAGACAAGAGUCAUGCCAAGGGUUGCUGUCCCAGAGUGGUCUCCAAAACCAGAGGUCCUAGGAGUGAGGACGAGAUUGCCACCCACUCACCCUACAAAGGUCAGGUUGACAGCAAUCAGUGUUGUCCUAGUCAAGCAGGUGGAGAACCUGAAUUGAUGGAACUCUCCCAACCUCUCCCCUGCAAGGUUCUAUCACUUAGGAGUCACAGCCCCCUAUAGCCCUCCUCUUCUAGAGGGAAGAAGACUGGUAGAGCAGAAAGGACACUGGACUGGAAUCAAAAGACCUGAACUCUAAGCCCUGUUUGUUGUGUGUUGGGGCUUCCCCAGGUCCCUUUGCCUCUUGAGAUGCUGAUAAUGACACCAGCCUAGCCCAACUCAGAGGCUCUCAGGAGUGAAGUUCAGAUUAUAGACAUGUGUGAAAAUUCUUUGUAACAAUCCUCAUGGGGGCCCCAGGGAUGAAGAAGUACAAAUACUUACAGAGGGAACACAAACAUUAAUUCUUUCAUAAGCUCUAUAAAAUCGUUGAGACCAAGUAGAUGCAAACAGCCCAAGUGCACUGGGAAAACGGUGGUAGAGGAGGGAAAGGGGAACUCAGCAUUCCCAUAGGUGAACUUGAUUUUUCUUCCAGUGAUGACCACCAGGAGCUCUAAGGAUUAUUGAUGUUUAAUAAGCAACACACAUUUAAACGUUUCAACCCACUGUCAAAAGGUGUUUGUGAAGAUAUUUUAUCAAGCACUUAAGUUCAAUGUUAAACCUGUCAUCGGAUGUAUUAUCCCCCAUUCUAAAAUCUUGCUGUCACCCAACCAUUCAAAAGCCAUGUGAUUUUUGGGUUUGGCACCUGUAAAUAUGAAAAUCUCUGCUCUGGGAGAGAUGACAUGGUGACCCAUCAGCGCUCACCUACUGUUCCAUUGUGACGUUCUCUCUUUACUCUCUCCUUCCACACUGAAUGUCCCAUGCCUUUGAACUUGGACUAGCCAAGACCACCCAACUGGGUGCUAUGUCUGUCUCUACUCUGAUAAGAUCUAGGACAGGAAAAAGAUCUCCAUGGGGCAUCUCCUCAUUUCUUAACAUUUUCUAUUCCAUACAUUUAAAUCUAUCAUCGAUUUUAUGUGAUAAGGGGAAAGAUCUCAAUUUGCAGUUUUGGGUUUAUGGUGAGAUUCUAUUUUUCCAUGUGAUUUCGUGGCAGUGGCAAUUCGUGGCUAUUGCUCUUUGUUCUACUGGGCAUUUUCUCCCCUUCUGCUUUGUUAAAGCUAUUUAUAUAGAAACAAUUAAUAAUGCUAACCCUCAGUCUUUCACAAUUAUCUUUUACCAGUUUGUCCUUUGCCUUUUGUAUAUUUUGCCUAGAAGCUGUUUUUAUUUUCUAUAUAGUUAGAUCUAGUAAUUUUUGUGGUUUCUGAAUUUAUCAAUUAUUGGAAACAUUUCUUAGCUCAGGAAUCUAGAGUGAUUCACCUCUGUUGUCUUCUAGCAUUUAUAUAUUUCAUUUUUAUAUUUCAGUCCUUACGGCACACAAAAUUAUUUAAGUGUGUAGUUUAAAAGACACUGCUAGUUCUGUUUUUCCACAGUUUUACUGAUGUAUUUUACAAUGUAUUUUAGUAUCUAUCUCACAAGUUUCUUUGCACUGGUCUGAUAUUUCUAAUGUUUCUUGGCUUAUUCUCACAAGUAUAUGCUGGGUGAAAUUUAAAAUCAGUUUAGCCUAUGCCAGUUUCAGUCUUGUUAGAUUUUUGUUUGGGGUUGCAGUGAAUUUAUGUUUUUAAAUUUUUUUAAUGUUUAUUUUUUUGAGAGGGAAAGAGCGAGUGGGGUAGGGGCAGAGAGAGUGGGAGAUACAGAAUCUGAAGCGGGUUCCAGGCUGUGAGCUGUCAGCACAGAGCCUGAUGCAGGGCUCAAAUCCACAAACCAUGAGAUCAUGACCUGAGCCAGGGUCAGACGCUUAACCAGUUGAGCCACCCAGGCACCUCUGUAGCAAAUUUAUACAUUAGUUGAUGGUUCCUUUUUUUUUUUUUUUUUUUUUUUUUGAGGGAGAGAGAGAGAAAGCACAAGAGAGGAGAGCGGGGGGGAGGGGAGAGAGAAUCUUAAGCAGGCUCCACGAUGGGGCUUGAUCUCACAACCAUGAGAUGGUGACCAGAGCCAAACUCAAGAGUCAGACACUCAACUGACUGAGCCACCAGCCACCCAUGAUGGUGCAUUUUUACGUUUAAAAUAUAUCAAUUCUGGGGCACCUGGGUGGCUCAGUCGGUUAAGCGUCCGACUUCAGCUCAGGUCACGAUCUCACGGUCCGUGAGUUCCAGUCCCACGUCGGGCUCUGGGCUGAUGGCUCAGAGCCUGGAGCCUGUUUCCGAUUCUGUGUCUCCCUCUCUCUCUGCCCCUCCCCCGUUCAUGCUCUGUCUCCCUCUGUCUCAAAAAUAAAUAAAACGUUAAAAAAAAAUUUUUAAAAAUAUAUCAAUUCUUCUGAGACAGAAAUACAGUUUCUCUUCCCAUUUCUUCAACUCCUCUAUCAUUUCCCUUGGUAAGGUUUUUUUUUUUUUAAGUGAAGUCACAUCAAUUAUUGGCAUCCUAGAGGAAAUCUGUUAAUUUUGCACGUUCAUAACUUUGAAGGGUUUCUCCAUAUUUCCAAUAGUUGCUCCUAAAACUAAUGAAAAUUUGUCUCCUGCUGCAUUUUUUUCCUGCCUUGGUGCACUGAUCCUUGGCUGAUACUUGAAAAGUAACAUCAAGCUUUUAUUAAUGUAUUGUAUAACUAGCAUCAUGUAGAACAUUGUAUACAGUAUAUUCAUAACAUAUGUCAUAUCCAAAUUUCAUGCUUUAUUUACAAAUUAUAUAUUUGUAAAUUGAGUUUUAUAUAAAUUUUAAAGUAUGAUAUACUGUAUUAUGUAAACCUAAUAAUAUAUAUUUUACUGUACAUAUAAUAUGUUAUAUGUAAAUGUAUGUCAUAUAUAAAAUUAUAUAUGUGAAUUAUAUAAGGCACACAAUUUAUGUUAUUUCAUAUACAAUAGACAGUAUUUCACUAUACAAUUUAACAACUAUUAAUAUAUGACAUAGUAUAAAAUUAUUAUUGGUACAUUGCCAGUGCUUCAAGCAGUAUUAUACGGUUUUAUAUUAUACAUUAUGUUUUUGUUAUGUUGAUGAUAAUAUUUUUCUGUUUCUAUCAUAAAUAGGGAUUUCUUCACUCAUGUAUCUCUUUAUAUGCCAUUAGCCUUUGGUAUAGAUAGGUAUUCCAAGGAAGUAUUUCUGUAUAAAAUGGAUGCUUAAUUCUUAAAAUGCUUUCAGGGUGCCUGGGUGGCUCAGUGGGUUAAGCAUCCGACUUCGGCUCAGGUCAUGAUCUCGCAGUUUGUGAGUUCAAGCCCCGUGUCGGGCUCUAUGCUGACGGCUCAGAGCCUGGUGCCUGCUUCGGAUUCUGUGUCUCCCUCUCUCUCUGCCCCUCCCUCUCUCUUUUUCUCUCUCCCUCUCUCUCUCAAAAAUAAAUAAAUAUUAAAAAAAUGUUUAAUGUUUUCAACGUACACAAAAAGAUGAUUACGUGGGGAAUGUGGCAUUGCUGUCUUUUCUAAUUAUCUUGCAUUUCUGGGGGAAAAAAAUCCCACAUACGAUUUUUUUCUAGAACUUUCUGGUAUUUUAUUUGAGAUUCGCAUCUCUUCGUUAGGAUAACAGUAGCUGCUAAACCACAAAAUUUCAGCAGCCUAACACUAGAAGUUUUAUGUCUUGUUCAUAAACGGUCGAGGGAGGCUUUCCCUUAACGGCAGACCUUUCAAGCACACAGGCUCCUUCCCUCUGGCGGCUUCACCCACCCCUAGAGCAGGGCUGCAAACUUUUUCUUCAAGGGCCGACAGUAAAUGAGCUAAGCUAUUUAAACUGUCACAACCGCUCAGCUCUCGGCGACUGCAGUGUGAAAAGAGCCAUAAGCGAGAAGUCAGCAAGGGGGCAUGGCUGUGUUCCAAUAAAACUUUAUUUACAAAAGCAGGUUCACAGGCCAUAGCCUCCUCAUCCUCUGUACCGAGCCAGCAAGUGGAAGGCACGAAUGAAAAGGCCCACCCGCCUGUGUUACAAGCCUCCACCUGGACACCAGCGUAUCACAUCUGUUCCCAUUUCCCUGUGAAAAUAGCGCCGAUGGCUCAGGAAGGUAUUUUCUGGCGGAACAGUGAUUUACCAGCAAUGUCUCUCUUCUAUGGAAGGGAGAACAUAAAUUUUGAUGACUAGCUGGUCUUUUCUGCUACAGAGUUCACAAAUAGUAUUCGUCUUUGUUUUUAUUUUACCCUUGUCAGGUUUAAAUAUCAAGACUUACACGUGCUUCACAAAAUAAGUUAUAAUUAUCUUUCCAUAUUUUCCCAUGUUUGGAAAGCGUUUAUGACUACAGUGAUCAGCUCUUUGAAAACAUUGCCUAUUAAAGUCACGGGGGCUCAAUACUUUCCUUAGGAGUAGGCCUUUAACAGCUUUCAUUCUGUUUUUGUACAUAGUUUUUUGGGUAUUCAGAUUUUCUCCUUACGGUAAUGUGUGCAGUUUACCUUAUGCAAAAAAUUCCCAUCAUCCCUCUGAAUUGCAAAGUUAUUAGCCUAAAGUCCUGUAAAGUCUUGGCUUACAGUUAUUCCAGGCUGCUCUCAACCAGGGGUUAGGUGCCAUUUUUCAAUGCAAUGUGGUCAUUUGUGUGUUUUCUCCCUUCGUGAAGCAGUUCAUGAAUUUGUUCACAAAUGUUGUUGGUUUCUGGUCUUGGAUUCAUUUAGUUUCACGUCUCGUCAAGGUCACUGAGCAGGAGAAUCUCCACAAGGAGGGUUGAGGAUCCAGGAUGUUCAUCAGUUUCAAGUGCAGUGGAGACAGGUGGAGGCAGAGGGAAGGUUACACAGUGUGCCCCUAUUCAGGUGAGGAGUCAGAGGGUAUGAGCAGGAGCACGGUCAGUGGAAGAGGAUAGAAAGCAAUAAACAUGAGGGCUAAUAAUAAUAAUAAUAAUAAUAAUAAUAAUAGAAGGGUGUGAAGCAGGAACUGAGGGGUCCACCACCCUGGUUUUUAGAGCUGGACUCUGUGACUUCAGCCACACAGCCACACACCGACUUAAUUCUAAAUACCUCAUUUGCUCCUCUCUGAAACCCCAGCAACAAUAAUAGCUCUCUCGGGGUCUUUUCUCAAGUUGGACUCAGUUUGUAAAUUAUGUAAAGAAUUAGCAAGGCAUUGAUAGCACAUGAGGGAAUUCGUCUAAUUUCGGACCUCAAGGACUUUGCGCUUCAAGAAAAGAGAAGAAGAGAGCCAACUUUCCACAUGAAAGUUCCUCUGAAGGGCUGGAUAAAAGUCACAGUGGGAACGUGUAUGCCUGUACCUAACCAGGACAUCCUGGAGGUAUGACUGCUUAGCGAGCCCUGAAGGGAGAGGGGCAGAGAUCAGUAAUAAGGGUGGUGACGUCAUAAGGGCCCUUUAUAUUGUGUCUUGAGAGCAGGAGAGAGACUCAAACUUCUCUUGUCAUUUAAGGACACCAACAUAAACACUUUUCUAGUUCCCCAGCAAGGGAGAACAUAAUUUAAAAUAAUGAUGAUGCCAAUAAUAAUAAAGUAGUGGCGAGCCAUUGGAAGCAUUCAUGGUGGAAGCCAGAGCUAUGUCUGUGUGGGAACAAGGUGGAGAUCCUGCCUCUAGAAAGAUCCCUCUGGCUGCAGUAUAAAGUGGACUUGAGAGAUGUGAAAUGGAGCCAGAGUGCUGUCUUCUAUUAGGUAACCAGGUGAGUCUCUGCAAAUCUGCAGAUGCCUUUGCCUUCGAGGAGGACAGCAGCAGUGAUGGGCUUUCUCCAGACCAGACUCGAAGCGAAGACCCCCAGGGCUCAGCAGGAUCCCCAGCGGACAGCAAAGCUUCGGAGACCCCGUUAGCAGGUCCUGCUCUGGGGGCAGUCCAGGAUCAUUCUUCUGGCUCGGAAAAUGACAAGAAUGACUCAGCCUCACAGCUCAGCAACCUGUCAGACGCGGGCAAGCAAGGGCUUGGGACUCUGGGCCCCUCCAGUGCUGGGCACGCUGCCGUGAAGUCCAAGUCCUUGAGCGACAGUAAGAACCGCCACAAAAAGCCCAAGGACCCCAAGCCCAAGGUGAAGAAGCUCAAAUAUCACCAGUACAUCCCCCCAGACCAGAAGGCCGAGAAGUCGCCUCCGCCCAUGGACUCGGCCUACGCCCGGCUGCUCCAGCAGCAACAGCUGUUUCUACAGCUCCAAAUCCUCAGCCAGCAGGAACAGCACCGGCUCAGCUACCCUGGGAUUCACCAAGCUCAGCUCAAGGAACCAAACGAACAGAUGGUCAGAAAUCCAAACUCCACUUCAGCACCACUGAGCAAUACCCCUUUGUCUCCUGUCAAAAACAGCUUUUCUGGACAAACUGGUGUCUCUUCUCUCAAACCAGGCCCCCUCCCAUCAAACCUAGAUGAUCUGAAGGUGUCCGAGUUGAGACAGCAGCUUCGCCUCCGGGGCCUGCCGGUGUCUGGGACCAAGACGGCGCUCAUGGACCGGCUGCGGCCCUUCCAGGACUGUUCGGGGACCCCUGUGCCCAGCUUCGGUGACAUCACGACGGUCACCUUCCCCGUGACGCCCAGCAGCGCGCUGCCCGGCUACCAGCCCUCCCCGCCCGCCAGCGCCUUACCCAACGGCUUGUACCACUUCGGCAGCACCAGCUCAAGCCCCCCAAUCUCGCCCGCCUCCUCCGACCUGUCGGCCGCGGGGUCCCUGCCGGACACCUUCAACGACGCGUCCCCGUCCCUCUGCCUGCACCCGUCCCCGGCCCCCGCGUGCGCCGAGGAGAGCCCACUGGGCGGCCUGGGCGCGGGGCCCCCGGCCCCCGAGCUGGACGCGCCGGACUCGGAGAAGGACAAGAUGCUGGUGGAGAAGCAGAAGGUGAUCAACGAGCUCACCUGGAAGCUACAGCAGGAGCAGCGGCACGUAGAGCAGUUGCGAAUGCAGCUGCAGAAGCAGAAGAGGGGCCUCGGGCCCGAGAGGCCGCCCCCCUUCCUGGCCGUGCCCAUCAAGCAGGAGGACGCCGUCCCCAGCUGUCCAUUUGCGCCCCAGCCGAGACCUGGGAAGAGACCGGGCCCUGCUCCCUGCGCCUCCGAGGCCCCGGGCCGCCCCGACGCCCUCCCCUCCACGUUUCUCAGCCCCCAGUGCUCCCCUCAGCACUCCCCGCUGGGGGCCGUCCAAAGCCCCCAGCACAUCAGCUUGCCCCCGUCCCCCAACAGCCAUUACUUCCUUCCCUCUUCGUCGGGGGGCACGCAAGGAGAGGGUCACAGGGUCUCCUCACCUGUGGGCAGCCAGGCAUGCGCGGCACAGAACUCAGGGGCACAUGAGGGCCAUCCUCCAAGCUUCUCUCCCCAGCCUUCCAGCCUCCACCCCCCUUUCUCUGGAACCCAAGCAGACAGCAAUCAUGGCGCUGGGGGCAAUCCUUGUCCCAAAAGCCCAGGUGUCCAGCAAAAGAUGGCUGGUCUGCACUCUUCUGACAAGACAGGGCCAAAGUUUUCAAUUCCUUCCCCUCCUUUUUCCAAGCCAACAUCAGCAGUUCCAGAGAUAACACAGCCUCCGUCAUACGAAGAUGCAGUAAAGCAGCAAGUGACUCGGAGUCAGCAGAUAGAUGAUCUCCUGGAUGUCCUCAUUGAAAGUGGAGAAAUGCCAGCUGAUGCUAGGGAGGAUCAUUCAUGUCUUCAAAAAGUCCCCAAGAUAGCCGGGUCUUCCCGAAGCCCUAACGCCGCCCUCUCCAAACCCUCAUCUUCAGGAGGCCAACUCUCCUUCGAUCACUAUGGUACCGACAGUGAUGAGCACCUUGAAGUCUUAUUAAAUUCCCAGAGCCCCUUGGGGAAGGUGAGCGAUGUGGCCCUUCUAAAAAUCGGGCACGAAGAGCCUCCUUUUGACGGGAUAAUGGAUGGAUUCUCCGGGAAGGCAGCAGAAGACCUCUUCAGCGCGCACGAGAUCUUGCCAGGCCCCCUCUCCCCGAUGCAGACUCAGUUUUCACCUUCCUCUGCAGACAGCAGUGGGCUGCGGCUAAGCUUCACCGAAUCUCCUUGGGAAACCAUGGAGUGGCUGGACCUUACUCCACCCAGUUCUACACCAAGCUUCAGCUCCCUGGGCCCCAGCGGCCCCAGCAUCUUUAACAUUGAUUUCUUGGACGUCACGGAUCUCAAUUUGAAUUCCCCCAUGGACCUUCAUUUACAGCAGUGGUAGAUAAUGUCUGUUGAAGAGGUGCUUAGGCAGACCCAUGGGGAUGCCAUGGGGGAAAUCACACAACCAAAAACGCUCCUAUCAUCCAAAAGGAGGAAGAGGUAGGCGAGGAGAAGGAGGAGGAGGAGGAGGGGAGAAGGAGAAAAUUGAAAAGACACGAUGGAGACUUCUGUGACAGUCAACGAGAGCAAAUAGGAGUCUUUAGAUCUAUGUAAAAUGUAAUAUUUACCAACGUGCAGUAACUGUUCAUGAUUUCAGCUGUGCACUCAGAUAUGUGAUUUCUGAGAUCAAGAAUGCCAAAAAAAAAAAAAAAAAAACCCUAAAAUUCUUUCACUGCCUUUUCAAACACCAGUGUUUUUGUAGCCCAUAAUUUUUCUCAGGCAUUGUUUGGGCGUGAUCACGCUUCGUAUGCUUUUCUCGUGAAUUUAUACUGUGGAAAGGAAAUGUAGCUCUUUUGGAGUACAGGGAGUAUAGCAUAACCAUCAAAGUUUCUGGAAGAUUCACUCGGUGGUGGAGGCUGUGUUUCAGCACCCCCUUCCCUGUCUUUCCAAAUAGAAGUCAGGCCCGACUUCAGUUGGGUGCUGGAGAUAGAAUAGAGGGACAGAGCCAACCCAUUCCCAAGGAAGUGGAAUCAACUCAGUGUCUCUUGGCCACAAAGCUGCCCCACUGGGGUGGUUCCAAUUCUGGACCCAGGAUUCCAUGUGGCCACUGAUAACAAUGAACCUAUGUUUGGUCCACCCAGAAUUUCCCUCUUUCUCAACCAGUAGCCCAAUCACUCCUGCUGUCUCUGUGAUGAUAAGCACCACAAAACAGCCAAGAACCUGAAAGCAAACAAAAACCAAAACCCCCUGCCAUAUGGAACAUUCCCCAACACAACCCCCCUUUAGUUUCAAAGACUGGAGAUGAUCCCAUGAUCACAUGGGAAGAACAUCUCUAGCUUCGGGAAGCCAUGGCGGGAUCAUUCAGACAAGCUAUAGAGAACACUGUUUCACGUGUCAUCAGAAUAAACACCAUGGAUUACUAUA